CUGCCCGAAAAUCCCUAGGUCGCCAGUCUCGUGAUAGUUUCGAUUCAGUGCCGUUUUAGCCAAAGCUUUGGCACCCUUCUCUUCUCUGAUCUAGUAGUCUCUUCAGUUUUUCAUCGAUCUUGUUUAGUCUCUGCGAGCAACAUGUCUUACCCCCGAUCUCCACGCCGUAAGCCCCCGCCCCCCUGUGCUCCUGCUCGUCGCCAGCCUCAGCGCUCCGGCCCGUACACGCCCCUGCUCGCUACCGGCCCAGGUUCUCCUGCUUCCCACCGUUCUCCUCGCCACCAUCUAGCUCCUCCCGCCGCAGCGCUGGAUGGAGGUGGUGCAUCGCCAUGGGAGCCCUGCCGCGUCGCCAAGGAAGGGGGCAUCAUGGGUGGUAGGCACGACUUGCCUAGCGCAGCAGCCAAGAUGGGGCUCACGUUCACGAAGCUGUUCAGCCGCCUCUUCGCCAAGGAGAUGAGGAUCCUCAUGGUCGGUCUCGAUGCGGCCGGUACGACCACCAUCCUCUACAAGCUCAAGCUGGGCCAGAUCGUCACCACCACCCCCACGAUCGUAUUGGGGCAUAAUGAACACGGGCAGGUGAUCAGAUAUCUUCAAAUAUUAGAGUUUUGCAACUUUGAGGUGCUCCAUCAUUUGUUCAUGGAUACGAUCUCUGAAAGCACCAUUUCUUAUGUGAAGUGCGCACACACACCUACCGUUCAGUUUAGGCAGCACCUAGCGUUCAGUAGAAUGAAGAUGAUGUUAUGGCUGGACUGACAUCUGGUGGCAGUGAGGGAAGUGCAUCUACGACAGCGAGGGGAGCAGAUUGGGAAGGCACCAUAUAACAUGUCGUUGGGCUCCGUUCAUUGAUUUGAUCAAGCACCUCUGUCAAAUAAGGCAUGCGCCGUGGAAACAGAUGGUGAUGCCAGUCCAUCCUGAGUCAAACUUGGAGAGGUGAGCAGGCUGCCGACCCAGAUUCUCUCACCCAGGGGCAAAUUUUUAGUGUAGGUCGUGAGAUGCACCGAAUGAGAAUAUACUGAGCACCGUUGCAAGAUCAGUGUAGGCUCCGAAUUAUUUUGAAUGGGAUCCUUUUCCUGUUGCCAGUUUCUUCUAUGCCUGGAGCUUUUCGUCUCAUCAUAUCCAAUUGCCAAGAAGUGUAAGCAGAUUGUGAUUUGCAGUUUUUUUAUUAAAAAAGCUCAUGUUGUGCUGAUUAAUUCA